AUAGCAUAAACGCUAUGGUAGUAAGUGCAAUAUAACUGCAUGACCUUAUGAUCAUUGAAUUAACUACAUAUUCAUUCAAUUCAGAUUUGUGACCACAAAAUGCGAAUACGGUUUAUUGAUGCUAGGUAUCCAGGUGCUAGUCAUGAUGCGCAUAUAUGGGGUAUCAGUGAAGCGAAGGCCAUAAUGCAGCGAAGUUAUUUAAGUGGCAAACGAAAUACUUGGCUUUUGGGCGACGCUGGAUAUGCAUUGGAACCGUACCUAAUGACCCCAUUUCGAGCUUCAACGAACAAUACUCCAAAGAGCAACUACAACUCAGUGCACGCUAAAGCAAGGAAUAUAGUGGAACGAACAUUCGGAGUACUGAAAAAUCGGUUCCGUUGCCUAUUAAGUGCUCUUCAAUUGCACUACGACCCCCAUAAGGCAACUGUCAUUGCAAAUGUAUGUGCAGCUUUGCAUAACAUUUGCAUAGAAUACGGCGCACCAAAUCUUAUAAUGGAGUCUCCUCCUUCAGACCCACUACCAAAUUUGAAUGAAAGUGAAGUAGACAAUGAAAAUGAAAAUCAAUUGGCUGCAGGUAUUCGAAUGCAAAUUAUGAAUUCACUUAACCAAUGA